UCCCCACCCCAGGAUGGAAUCAACCUUCGUGAUAAUUGGUGGCGGAAUAUCCGGAGUUACCUGCGCGAAGAGCCUGGCCUUCCUGUCCCCAGAGGAGUCAACCCUCCUGAUCACCUCCAACUCCCUGAUCAAAGUGGUGACGAACGUCGUUCCCCUGGGGAAAGUCUCGAUGCAAUUGAACAUCUCCAAGGACUCGUCAGUUUCCUUGACGUCAGACAACCCCUCGAUAAAAAUUCUGAACGAAACAGUGAGGAGAAUAGACCCAGAAUCAAAAACCCUGGAGACUGAAAGCAAAAAGCUAAUAAAAUUCAAGAAACUGUGCAUCUGCACAGGGGCCAGACCUCGCCUGAUCUGCGAGGACAACCCCCUCGUCCUGGGGAUUCGCGACACGGAGUCAGUGGAGAAUUUCUCUCGUAGAAUACCCGAGGCGAGGAGGAUAGUGGUGGUGGGGAACGGAGGAAUAGCCACUGAGAUUGUCUACAAAAUCAAGAACGUGGAGAUAGUGUGGGUGAUCAAGGACAGGCACAUCUCAGCAACGUUCGUGGACCCUGGGGCUGCUGAGUUUUUCCAGUCGAAGUUGUCUCGAGAGGAGUCAUCGAGUGAACACAGUAAAGAGAACAUUAACUUCUGCAAGAGGAUUAAAUACACAGCGACGAAAAUGGGGAAAAGUAAGGAAGGAGUGACCGGAGCAGCUCUGGGUCCAGACUGGCAUCAGGUAUUCGCCCCCGAAGGCCUCGAGAACAGCCCCAGCAAAGUCGAAAUUGAGUACGAGUGCGAGGUGUCCAGGGUGAUGACCCCAGAGGCGGCUGGAUCCACUGGCUGGCCAGUCUUCGCUGAGCUGACGAACGGAAAAAUCGUCGGGUGUGACUUCAUCGUCUCGGCAACGGGCGUCACCCCAAAUACAGAUAUAAUCGGUCUAGAGGGCAUCGAGAAGAGUGAGGACGGCGGGCUCUUGGUGGACUGGAAACUGGAAACGUCGUGUGAGGAUGUUUACGCAGCUGGUGACGCCUGCACUGCCAACUGGGAAUUGUCCGACCACUGGUUCCAGAUGAGACUGUGGACCCAGGCGUACCAGAUGGGCUGCUACGCAGCCAAAUCCAUGGUCUCGACGUUGAGGAGUGAACACUUCCUCCAGGAUUUUUCUUUCGAGCUGUUCACACACGUCACCAGGUUCUUUGGGUAUAAAAUCGUUCUUCUGGGGCUGUACAAUGGACAGAAACUCUCGGGGGAUUACGAGAUUCUUCUCAGGAUGACGAAGGACGAGGAGUACGUUAAACUCGUGGUGAAGGGGGGCAAGCUGCAGGGGGCUGUGUUGAUUGGGGAGACUGACCUUGAGGAGGUGUGCGAGAAUCUUAUUCUCAAUCAGUUGGAUGUGUCCAUUUAUGGGGAGGACUUGCUCGAUCCUAAUAUCGAUAUUGAGGAUUAUUUUGAUUGAAGAUCUUGAUUAUUUGGGGGAAUUGUGAAUUGUUCAUUAUUAUUGAGAAUGAAAAUUGAAUUUUGGGUGAGGAGAUAAUUUUUAUGUUCAUUUGCAUUAGUUGUAAACAUUCAUUUUGAAUAAAUAGGAAAAAGGGGUGAUGUGGGAUGAUUUUUAAUCAUUCAAUCAGUUGUCUUGACAUUAACGAGGCAGAUAUUCACCCCCAAAGGCCUCGAAAAUAGCCCCAGCAAAGUCGAAAUUGAGUAGAGUAUUCUGUCUCGUUUAUUAUUAUUUAAGAUAAAAAUUGAAUUGAAAAUAAAGAAAUAAUUUUCA